UCUUGCUUUUAAUUAGACAUUUAGACAACUUCUGUUGAAUUCAUGAUAGUAAAAUAUGACAAAUUAUCGGUUCAUAAAAUUUUGUGCAACUUUGAUCUUACUUUUUUCGAAAAUUAUCAAAGCUGAAAACAUUAUGGAAAAUUGCACAAACAAUCUAAAUUUUGGUGCUGUUUUAUCAUUGGGAAGCAAUAUUUUAAUUGAAAAAUUGAAUGUUAGUGAUGAUGACAUGUAUUUUAAAAAACUAGAAUUAUCUGAUCAAAACUUAACAGAAUUAGUAAUGCAGUGUUAUACUGAUUACAAUGAUUCUUUGUCGACUCAGCAUGAUAUAACUAAUUCAAGUAUGAAUAAGUACUAUUUACCACUCGAAUGCAUGGAUAUUUUGAAUAAAAAAAGUUCGAUUAAUAGCUAUAAUUUUGAAUCAAGCAAUCAGUGCGAUUCUGUUUUUACUUUUAUAAAUAUUUAUGGAGCUAGUAUGAUGAUUUUCGCCAACAUUGUCUAUUUAACAUCUUACAGUAUAGUUUGCAUAAUUUACAUAAUUAUCCCAAAUAUGUGUCGUCGAGCGUAUGAUAAAGCUGUAUUAAGUUUUUGUAUAACCCAAGGCAUUUUAAGUAUCACCAUUAUCAUUCUCGGACAUUACAUGCUAUGUCAUAAGCCUCUAGAAAAUAUAGUAGCAAUAUCUUUUGGAUCAUCUCUUCAGAUUUUUACCAUUAGCGGUGUUUUAUGGCUUCUUGUGAUAAGCUUUGAUGUUUCUUCAACAAUUACAAGCUUCCGUUGGAAAAAUGUUUCAAAUAAUAAAGAUCGAAAUGAAACUAAUAAAUUUCGUAUGUAUUUUUUCGGAGUUUUGAUUGGCACAUUAAUACCGUCAAUGAUAUCUGGUAUUCUCCAAUUUGCACCUCUUGCAGAGGACAGCAUAGUAAAACCUAAUUUUCAAAACAUAUACAAUACUAAUUAUCAUGUCAUAUUUCAUGUUGCCAGUGUUCCUAUUUUAGUAGCAUUUGCAAGUAGUAUUCUUUUCAUAUUUACUACCGUUAAAAUGAUUCAAAUUCAAAAAUCAACUCGGAUUAUCAAUGAAAAUCGCAAAAAAAAAAUCAAGAAACAAUAUAUACUGUACUUAAAACUUUACUUACUCAUGGAUGCACCUUACGUAACUGGAGCUCUCGGGUCAACAUUUGAAGAUCUUUGGAUACUAAAAUUUUGUAGAAUGAUUCAGCCAGUAAUGAUGUUAUAUGCUGUCAUACCUAGAAAUAUUUUUAAAAAUUUAUUUGUAAGGGAAAAAAAGAAUCAAAAUCAAAGAAAUCGCAGUAAAAAGAUAUUUCGCGAAGAAAUAGUUUAAAAUACACAAACGUUAUAAAAAACAAAAAAGUUAAUAAUUUUUAUUAAGCUGUUUUCUAGUGAGAACAUUAAAU